UAAAUUUUAAUUUAUUCAAACUUGGUAGAGGGAGAGGGAGAGAGAGAGAAUGAGAAGCGGUUUCCUUGUUCCUGGUUUUGGUGGAAAAGGUUGUAGUAGUGAAAAUGCUGAGGUGGUUGGUUCGGUUGGACAACAAAGAGAGAGAGAGAGAGAGAGAGAGAGAGAGAGAGAGUUGUGUUGUGUGGGGAAUACCCGGUUUUGAGGAAGGAUUCAUUGCACUUCUGAAAUGUGCAGUGCCAGUACCUCUGUCUCUGGUUGACACCUAUUUCUUCUUUCUUUCCCAAUAUAAAACCAAACCUCUUUCUUCCUUCUUCACAAUUCACAUUCAUUCCCCCCAACACCUUCUCUCUUUUUUCCCCUUCUUCAUCCUGGGGUUUCUCCUCUAAAUGCUCUUCACCCUUCUCCUUCUACUACAAUCACUUCCUCUCAAUCUCAUCAUCAUCUUCUCUGUAAUUCUUACACUUGUUUGUGAUCUUAAGCUCUUUCAGCUUCUCUCACUCAGAUUCUUUUUGGUUGUUGACUCAGCUUUCAAUCUCAUCAUGCCUACCCUUAUCAACUACAGUGGUGAUGAUGAACUGUAUCAGGGGGGUUCUUUUUGCUCAAGUCCCAUGGAUUUGGGUCGCUUGUAUACUAUUAGCUCCAAUGUAGAUUCUUACUACCCUUCCACCAAGCGAGCUCGCGUGAGCGCCCCGUUUAUCUUUGAAACUCUUCAAAAGCCUGGUAUUGAGGUCCUUCCAGAUGAGUGUCUAUUCGAGAUUUUCAGACGACUCCCUAGUAGCAAAGAGAGAAGCUCAUGCGCCUGUGUAUCUAAAAAAUGGCUUAUGCUUAUGAGCAGCAUCUGCAAAGCUGAAAUUGAAGAUGUUGAAAUGAGAUCCUCAGAUGAGGAUGAAGAUAUUGAAGGCGAUGGCUACCUUACGAGGUCUUUGGAAGGGAAGAAAGCCACUGAUGUAAGGCUUGCUGCAAUUGCAGUUGGGACUAGUGGCCGUGGAGGACUAGGGAAGCUAUCUAUCAGAGGGAGCAACUCUGUUCGCGGUGUCACAAACCUUGGUCUCUCUGCAGUUGCUCAUGGUUGCCCUUCUCUCAAGUCACUUUCUCUGUGGAAUGUGUCUUCCAUUGGGGAUGAGGGUCUGUCUCAGAUAGCUAAAGGAUGCCACAUGUUGGAGAAGCUUGACCUGUGCCUGUCUUCCACAAUCAGCAACAAGGGUUUGAUUGCAAUAGCUGAAGGCUGCCCCAACAUGACUACCUUAAACAUUGAAUCAUGCUCAAAGAUUGGAAAUGAGGGCUUGCAAGCUGUUGCAAGGUUUUGUCCCAAGUUACAAUCAAUCUCUAUCAAGGAUUGCCCCCUUGUUGGAGAUCAUGGAGUAUCUAGUCUGUUAUCAUCAGCUUCUGAAUUGUCAAGGGUGAAGCUUCAGUCCUUGAACAUUACAGAUUUUUCUCUGGCUGUUAUUGGCCACUAUGGAAAGGCACUAACACAUCUAGUCCUCAGUGGCCUCCAAAAUGUCACUGAGAGAGGGUUUUGGGUCAUGGGUGUUGCUCAAGGUCUGCAGAAGCUUGUGUCCUUCACUGUUACUUCCUGCAGAGGGGUAACUGAUGCAAGCAUUGAAGCCAUGGGCAAAGGUUGCACGAACCUGAAGCAGAUGAGCCUUCGCAAGUGUUGCUUUGUAUCCGACAGCGGACUGGUAGCAUUUGCCAAGGCUGCAGGAACCCUUGAGAGCCUGCAAUUAGAAGAGUGCAACAGGGUCACCCAGUCUGGGAUUAUUGGUGCCAUUUCAAACAUCAAAUCAAAGUUCAAAUCUCUUACCAUUGUGAAGUGCAUGGGAGUUAAAGAAAUUGAUGCAGAUGUGUCUAUGCUUUCUCCUUGUGAAACUCUUAGAUCUUUGGUCAUUCAAAACUGCCCCGGAUUCGGUAGCUCUAGCCUGGCUAUGAUCGGAAAAUUGUGUCCCCAACUUCAGCAUGUUGAUCUGACUGGACUCUAUGGCAUAACAGAUGCUGGCCUUCUCCCUCUUUUGGAGAAUUGUGAGGCUGGACUUGUCAAGGUGAAUCUUACCGGUUGCUGGAACUUGACUGAUAAUGUAGUAUCAACCUUGGCCAGGCUACAUGGUGGAACCCUCGAGUUGCUGAAUCUUGAUGGAUGCUGGAGAAUCACAGAUGCAAGCUUGGUUGCAAUUGCAGACAACUGCCUGCUGCUUAAUGAUCUAGAUGUGUCCAAGUGUGCAAUCACCGACGCCGGUUUAGCUGUUCUUUCCGGUGCCGGUCAGCUUAGUUUGCAAGUGCUUUCCUUGUCUGGCUGUUGUGAUCUAUCAAACAAAAGUGUGGCUUUCCUGACAAAAUUGGGCCAAACCUUGUUGGGAUUGAAUCUCCAACACUGCAGUUCAAUUGGCAGCAGCACAAUUGAGUUGCUGGUGGAGAACUUGUGGAGAUGUGAUAUUCUGGCUUGAUUAGGAAAGGACAUAGAACUGAACAUAUUGAACUGGAUCUGGAAAUUCAGGAUAUGAAGUACAUGUAUUGAACUACAAUAAUGAACGCGACAGGUGAUGACAUUCAGCAUACGUUUUUGGCUGAUACGCCUCUUAAAGGUGGAUUGGUGGUGGUUUGUUGACUUGGUUGUUUUCCAGGGAACUUUGGCUUGUUCCUUCAAGACCCUUUUUUGCAAGCAUUUCAUGCUUGUUACGACCCUUUUGGCCUUGCCUUAAUGGAAGGCCACAUAUUUUAUGGCUAAAGUUCCCUGAGAAUACAGUUACUGAGUCUUGGUUCAUGGUUUCCACUGCUAGAUGGUGCAUUGCUUAUGUUUGUAUUGCUGGAUGUUCUCUACUGAGGUGUUUUAGCUUCUAUGUACGUUGUUAUGAUGUUAGCUUGUUUUCCUUUUGUUUUGUCAGUGUGGUUGUGUAGUUUAAUUGUAAGACUAGGUAACCUCAUGUUCAAGGACUUUGGUGGUGGCAGGGCAUUCUUCUGGUCCUGCUACAACAACCCAUAUUUUGGGUUGCUUUUUUCUUUUAGAUCGAGUCCUUGUUUUUGUAGGCUUCUCUUGCUUAUAAAUUGUACUUAGCAGACCACUGUGGUUUUCCUGUGAUAAAUAAAAUUUCCAUUUGCAUCUA